GCCGAACUAUCUCGUCCCGUGCCCACGUCCCCACUACUAGUAAAUCAUCAACCUCAUCUCCCAUCCCAUUUUCGUUGCACCAAGUUAGACCGGCACUAGGCUUGGUCUGCUUCCGCGCUCUUGAGACCUCAUAGCUCGAGCUGGAGCUGGAGCUGGAGCUCUUCUUUUCAGCUCGAGCUCUCCGGCAGUAGCAAGCAGAAGGACGAGAAGCCGAAACUCAAAGAUGCUGAAGUUCCUGUCCAAGGUGAGGAUCGAGUUCAACGCCCUCGACCCGCGCAUCGCGUCGUGCAUGGAGUUCUUGGCGCAGUGCAACGCCCGCAAGGCCAAGGAGUCCAACCCCGCCUGCCAGGUCGUUGUCAAGCGCCGCACCGACGACCACCCGCCCCAGAUCACCGUUACCUUCGUCAACGGAGUAGAGGAGGUCUUCGACGCCACCUCCACCCCCGCUCAGAACAUCCGGACCAUGAUCCUCGAGAAAGGUCAGUUCCUUGAGACCGAGCAGAUGUUCCGCGAGGGCGGCGAGGCGUGGCCCGUCAUCAUCCCCGAGGAGGAGCUCCACCAGUUCGCCCCCGGCACUAAGCAAACAGAUCACCUUUGUUAGCCCUGGUUAGAAGAGUUGAAUCAUGAUAAGAGUCCUCUGCAAACAAUGAUCAGGACAAUGGAGUAUCUCAGUACAUAAGUAGGACAGACUAUGAAGAUCAAAUAGAUUGGGAAGAUGAUCAAGGAGGGGGAUUAUGAUGAUGAAGUUAACAAGGCAAAUAAGAGUGGUGAUUUCAUAUCCAUUUCUUUUGUGAAUGUGAAAAUAGGGUGAGGAGGUCCUCCUUUACCUUUGUUUUCAAGUUUGCUAAAGCAAUGGUUUGAAUUCAUUACGCUUCCUUAAUUUAUUGUGUUUGUCAUCAUAACCAUCUCCUGUCUCUUUCUAGUUUGUUUAAUCUUUAUUAUCUCUCAUACUGUUGAACUGAUAACCCUCCUAUCUAUAAUAUGGCUCUUAUGACUGGUAACAGCCAAGGUACUGUUUGUCAGAAUAUGCCAAGAGGCGGUCCACAUUUUCUUCUAAGAUCCCUAUACCUCUACUUCCCAUUUGAUGGUAGCUGUAAAGACUUUGGUGCCCAACAGUGCUCAUCAACUGUUGGGUCAUUUUCUAAUAUCGCUCCUGCUUCGGGAGGAAGACCUCCGAUUGAUAUGGUUGUGACUUCUAGUUCUUCAAAAGAGCCUUCUGGUGCACGUCCUUGGGCUACCAAAGAAUUGACUUUCCUAUUUGGGCUUCUUACUCGGCGAUCUAUGUCUUGGAAGUUCUUUUCCUCUCUGUAUUUUCAAUAUUUCCCCCUCAUUUUUAGGUAUUUGUUGGUUGUACCAUUACUUCAUACUUUUGCUUCUAGUUUAUCACUGUAGUCCAUUGAUUUACUUUCCCUUA